UUGUUUUUGACAUUACGAGAUAUAUUGGUUCAAAAAUUUACUUUUUUGGACAAAAUUUUAAAACAAUUUAUAUUAUUAAAAGUUGUUUACUAUGAUUUAACACUGUAACUUCGUAUUAGUACUUUACCACGUUUGUGUAUAGGAUGAGCCAACGUUUUAGAAUUUUGGAUAACAAUCGCAACAAAGCUACCUAACAAUGUCCGGGAACGUUCCAGUUGUGCCAGAAGGGGUCAACCCGGAUAACAACCACAUCGGCGGUGGACCUUUCAUUAACACCAAUAGAUUAAGGAACAACAAUAAUCAAAACCCUUUAUUUAAUGUCCGUGAUAGGUUAUUUCAUACGUUAUUCUAUAGAGUUGCCUUAGCGUACGCAAGGACUUUUCCUAGGCCAUUGAGACGGUUAUUAGAAUUUCUCACGUUAGUUAAAGCUAUAUCAGCGUUCUUCGUGCUGGUGUAUAUACAUAUCACAUUUUCGCGGACGCCUUCGACGUGCUUAAUGCACGUCAAAGACACCUGGCCUCGAGACGGAAUCCUUAGAGUAGAAAUAGUUCGAAACGUGGGGAAAGAUUACAACAUCGAACAGAGUUACGCGAAAGAGGAGAAACUGAAACAGCAAGGCAAAGUCGAGGAUUUUGUGCAAGUGAUAGGAUUGUUAGCGAGGGAUAGCUUCGUUAACAUCGAACCAUCGGCUGUAGAAGACAGUUCGAGGGAAACUGAACCGUUAGAAGAUAAUAUAAAAGAUCAUUUGGGCUCGAGUAAGAAUAACGCAAGUGAAGAAAAAGUGAUAGCUGAUUCGUUGUUAAACGUUUCGAAAAUAUCGCCCACGAGAUGGGACAACUACCCGUUUUUGACGAAAAAUCCGCUAGUUGCCUCUGAGGAGUCCACGCUGUUUGAUCAGCCCAUCAAAAGAACAGAAAUUGGAUCCGAUAACUCAACAAAAACUAUCGAAUCCGACCACACUGUCGCUGAAAUUACCGACGACUCCAAAACGAAAGGUCCGGACGAUCACGAAUACAUCGUGGAAUUUUCCCUCGAGUACGGCUUCCUUCGUUUGAGUCCCGCAACGAGGGCUAGAUUGAAAAUUCCCGUGGAAAUCGUCACGUUAGAUCCGGGUAAAGAUGCCUGUUUCGGGGACUCGUUCAGCAGGUUAUUGCUCGAAGAGUUCCUCGGAUACGACGAUUUACUGCUAGCUUCCAUUAAAACGUUGGCCGAGUAUGAGGACAAUAAGGGGUAUUUGAGGAAUGUGGUGUCUGGUGAACAUUAUAGAUUUGUUAGCAUGUGGAUGGCGAGGACGUCUUACUUUGCAGCUCUCUUCUUUAUGAUCGUUUUUACCGUUUCGGUGUCGAUGCUGCUGAGAUAUUCCCAUCAUCAGAUUUUCGUGUUUAUCGUCGAUCUACUCCAAAUGCUAGAGUUCAAUGUAACAGUAACGUUUCCUGCAGCUCCUUUGCUAACCGUUAUAUUGGCACUUGUCGGUAUGGAGGCUAUAAUGUCUGAAUUUUUCAACGAUACGACAACCGCCUUUUACAUCAUUCUUACGGUUUGGGUGGCGGAUCAAUACGAUGCAAUAUGCUGUCAUACGUCCAUAACGAAACGGCAUUGGCUGAGAUUCUUCUAUCUCUACCAUUUCUCGUUCUACGCCUACCAUUAUAGAUUUAACGGGCAGUACAGCAGCUUGGCGCUCGUCACUUCGUGGUUUUUUAUUCAGCAUUCUAUGGUCUAUUUCUUUCACCACUACGAGUUGCCGGUGAUACUGCAGCAGGCGCACUUCCAGCAAUUCCUGUUGCGUAAUACGCCGCAGCAAUUGCGUACGCACGCUCUAGCGGUUACUGCUCCGCAGUUGCCGCCGCUGAGGGCGCGCAUAACUCAUCUCAUAUCGGCGGUGCGACCUAACGCUACCACGCAGACAUCGACGACGAAUUUGGUGGCGGGUUCGUCCGCAGCGACCAAUACCGUGACAACAGCCACCAGCUCGGUCGGUACCAAUGCCCAGCCGAUAAGUACAACGCAAUCGAGCCAAACGAAUCCUUCGAGUGUCGAUACGGCUGAAAUUCAAACUAUUCAAGGCCAGUCCCAAGGCCAGCAGCAGCGGCAGGGACAACCUAGUCGUCCACUUUCGGUCGUCGCCAUUCAAACGCAAGAGUUUGAAAGACCGCCGUCCGGCGGACCUGAUAGUCAUUAGUUAGUUAUAAAAUUGAACGAAAAACCGUAAAUACUUUAGGUUUGUUUACACCCGGGGCUGUAAUUAGACGGAAGAUUCAAAAUACGAAUUGUAUAUACCGUAAUAUGCUUGUAACAAAUUUUGCCUUAAAACCCGUAGCUUUUUGCUAUAAGACUUGCGACAUUUUGUAUUUGAUACAUUGAUUUUUUUUUAAAUAUCUACCUGUAUUUUGAACUUCUACUUAGAAAUGAAAUCUCUGUAUAUAAAAUUAUUUUUUGUUGCUUACCGAUAAUGUAAAUACUGUUAAUUCCUUUGAUAGGUGGUUGUAGAAUAUUAAAAUUUAAUUCGUAAAAUUGCCCCCG